AUGGAGGAGCUUGUCGAGCAGGCGUUGGCCGUGGCUGGUGGCGCACUCGCUCGGCUCGCACCAUCGUCUGACUUCUGGUACUCAACGACAUUCUGGACUUGGGUCUUCUGGGUUCUCUGGGUUCACCGAUAUCUCCGGCUUCUCGUCCACUGUGUGAGCCAUUGGACCUACAAGUCCAAGCCCAUACCGGCGAAGCCCACGUUGACGCACGAGGAUGUUACAGUGGUCAUCCCCACGAUUCAUCACGCUUUCGAGGAGCUGCGACCUGCUCUUCAGAGCAUCCUCGUCUGCAAGCCCGCUGAGUUGAUCCUCGUCACCACCUACGACAAGCGCAAGGCAUUGGCUCGCCUCGCCGAAUCGCUCGCGUACCCGAACGUCCGCGUCAUGCACACGCCGAUUGCCAACAAGAGGCUUCAGGUGUGCGAGGCGCUUCCGACAGUCAAGACGCCCAUCACCAUCAUGGCCGAUGAUGACGUUACCUGGCCCUCGACCAUGCUGCCGUGGAUCUUGGCCCCGUUUGAGGAUCCCAAGAUUGGAGGCGUCGGGACGUGCCAGCGUGUCAGGCGCGAGUGGACGGCAGACUGGGUGACGCAGAUCUGGAACUGGCUCGGCGCCGCGUAUAUCGAGCGACGCAAUUUUGAGAUCUCGGCUACGCACAACAUGGACGGCGGGACGUCGUGCAUGUCUGGACGCACCGGGGCGUACCGGUCCGAGAUUCUCUCGAGCCACGACUUCCUGCAAGGGUUUAAGAACGAGAAGUGGCGCAAGUGGAUUCUCAACGCCGACGACGACAACUUUGUCACGCGAUGGCUCGUCAGCCACCAGUGGAAGACGUGGAUCCAGUACAAUCGGGAGUGCGAGCUGGAGACGACUCUCGAAAAUGGUCACAAGUUCCUGUACCAGUGCUCGCGUUGGGCGCGCAGUAACUGGCGGAGCAACUGGACCAGUCUCGUUCGCGAGAGGCACGUUUGGACGCAGCAGCCGUGGUGCACCUACGCUCUGCACAUUGCGACGUUCACGUCACUGGCGUUUGCCAUCGACCCCCUGCUCCUCGCGUCAUGCUGGUGGGCCACUGGCGACUGGGACAUUGAGCACCGUCGAUACGCCUUCUGGGCGCAGUUCGCUUUCAUGUUCGGCUUCACCAAGGUGGUCAAGUUGAUGGGGCUGUUCCUGCGCAACCCUGGCGACAUCGUUUUCCUGCCGGUGUCCAUCAUUUUCGGCUACUUCCACGGUCUCAUCAAAAUCUAUGCGCUCGUCACUCUCAACAUGACAUCGUGGGGCAGCCGCGCCGACGGCGAUACCAACGACGAGCAGCGACUCGCGCCCGCGCCGGAGCCGUCCGUCGUGCUCAAGACCCCGCCAGGAAAGGCCUCGCUUAUUCGGUACAACAAUGUCCGCCAGAAGGGACGGCUGGCAUAUACCCAGAUCAGCAACGGAGCCGCGUGGGAAAAGUCGGACUACGCCGCCUACGACUCGAGCACAUCGUACGUGCCGGCGCAACACUCGCUGGCCAUCCUGAUGGACGCGCCACGCAAGAUUGAGGUUCUAUGA